GUUUUUAGUUUGGACAGCUGUUUCCUGCUACUAUUACGUUUAGACAGAAUGGCGCUUCGCAAGCUAAAUGCCCCGGCAACGGCUGGGCGUUUGGCCAAUGACACGCGACAAGUCCACACAGUUCGGCCAAUCCUUGUUAGCGCGUUUCAUGGGCGUGUUUGUCCCCUUGCCUUUAAACCAGCCUCAAAGCUCGGGCGUACACACGCAGUGGCACCUGCUUGCGUCGCCGCGCCAGUAGAACUGAAGACUGGCAAGCCAAGGCGUGAGGAUGUGAUCACAGGUUCACCUGACAACAAUGUUACGGACUAUAUUUAUGAGAAAAUGGGGAUGGACCUCCAUCGCCAAGCGGACCAUCCCAUCGGCAUAAUAAAGCAGGCCAUCUACGACUACUUCGAGUCACGUAACCCAGGGUUGUUCCAGAAGUUCGACGACCGGUACCCCAUCGUCAGCACACGGGCUAACUUCGACGAAGUACUCGUCCCUGCGGACCAUGUCAGCCGCAGCCCCAAUGACACCUACUACGUCAACGCCAAUACCGUGCUGCGCUGCCACACCUCAGCCCACCAGGCUGAGACCCUGCGCGCCGGCCACCCCGCUUUCCUCGUCACCGGCGACGUCUACCGCCGUGACUCCAUCGAUGCCACGCACUACCCAGUCUUCCAUCAAAUGGAGGGCGUACGCGUGUUCAGCGAGCACGAGUGGACCGCUGCGGGCCUCACAGCAACCCAGCUAGCUGAAAAAGACCUGAAAGGCGCCCUCGAAGGCCUGGCCAAGCACCUCUUUGGCGACGUCGAGUGCCGAUGGAUUGAUGCCUACUUUCCCUUCACGGAGCCCUCUUUUGAGCUGGAAAUCUUCUUCAAGGGCAAGUGGCUAGAAGUCCUCGGCUGCGGCGUCAUGCAGCAAAUCAUCCUCGACGAUAACUACAAGCCCGGCCACAAAGCCUGGGCUUUCGGCCUCGGCCUGGAGCGCCUAGCCAUGGUCCUCUUCGACGUUCCCGACAUCCGACUUUUCUGGUCCAACGACGACCGUUUCCUCAAACAAUUCCGCGCCGGCGACCUCAGCGCGCGCUUCAAGCCCUACUCCAAGUUCCCGGCUUGCUACAAGGACAUGGCUUUCUGGGUGUCUCCCGAGUUCAGCGAGAACAACCUGUGCGAGCUGGUUCGCAACAUCGGCGGAGACCUGGUGGAGGAGGUGACCUGCAUCGAUACCUUCACCAACAAGAAGACCGGCCGUACCUCCAACUGCUUCCGCAUCACCUACCGCUCCAUGGAACGGUCGCUGACGGACGAGGAGAUCAACGCGUUGCAGGAGCGGGUACGGCAGCAGGUGGCUUCGGAGCUCAAGGUGGAGCUGCGGUGAGGCGCGGUGUAAGAUGAGGAGGUGGCAGGCGGUUGUGGAAUGCGCCGAUGGCGUGGUAGGGGGGUUGUAACACGGGGUGAUGUGAUUAAGGAGGGCAACGGCAAGUGGUGUAAGCAACGAAGGAGUGGAGAGGGGCAACAGCUGAACGUGCGGGGUAAAACGAGGGAGGUCCCGACGCGCUGAUGCUUUGUGUGAAGCGGGUGAGUUGAGGGCUGAGGGAAGGUGAGAGGGCGAGUCGGGUAAGGAGACGAGGAGUGGCGGUUGUGGGAGUGGAUGAGAGACGCGGGCGGAUAGCAGUGCAGGUUGAACUGGCUGGGAUGAUUAGGCAAAGCCAAUUUUUUGCGUCUGCGUCUAACACAUCCGUUGCCUUUAUGGUACGGCAGCGUUGUGGAGUAUUUUGCGUGUACGGCAGAGGUUGGAUGUACGACUAGUAACUAGUUAUGGUGUUGCAGCAUCAGGAGGCACAUGGAGGCAGCUAGGAGGUAGAUAGGCACGUUGGGCACUGUGCGAUGCAGCGUGAGAAUGGACGCUAACACCGGCGUAUACAGGUGUAUUACUGUCGUGUGCACACGGCUCUCGAGUGGUUCGCAGCGCACAGCGCAAAGGGAGAGAUAGGCAAAUGUGCAGGUGUUAACAGUUCGAUAUACGCGACAGUUGCUUCUUGCAGAGGUGAUGGCAUCAGCGUGUUUGGACAUUACAGCAGGGGCAUGAUAGCAAAUGUUUUACUGGUGUUAAGUACGGUUAGGUUUUCAAUUGCAUGUGGUGUGCUGGAGGAUUUUGAACUUGGAACACCAGUAUUAUAUUAUAAAAGUUCCGCCAGGUUCCGCCCCCAUUCUCCACACACUCUCCUAAUCGUCAAGCUAUCUAGGAUUGGUCAACACACCGCAGGGCUGGGCUAAGUGCAUCUCUGCCGGUCCCGGUCGCCGUAAUGUACGGCACAGCGUCGCACGACAUACGACAUCACCCACGUCAAUCUGUUGAGAACCUUCCGGCGCAGUGUGCUUCAUUCACACGUCCAGGAAGGCCGAAAACUAGCAGGCACAGCAGCAACACAAAGCCGCUGCACCCCCUGCUAAACCGUCAACCAGCGUAUCCCGACCUGUCCCAACAGCAAUACUUCCUAUUCUUCCCCAACCAAUGCAUUCUUCCUUCCGUUACUAGAGCUCAGCAGCACGCCAGGAAACGCGACACAGCUGUGCGCAUGUGCGCUCACCGCUAUACAAGGGCGGAGGACUGACUGACUGGCUGCGCCCUAGCUUAAACUUCCCCUACCUUUCCAGCCGUCCCCUGCAGGGGUGUAUGCACUCUUUCUUGGAUCUUGCUACAAAGGUAGCCGAAUACUCGGUCAAAAACGUCCUACUGCACAAAAUCUACUGCACUCUUGCAAGUAAACCUUCCCCUCACACAUCUCCACGUCUAAAAGCUUGCGGUUGCUGGCCGCCGCUGCGACGCAGGGUGCAUGGGCCCGGGCGCCUGCGAGUGCCCGACAGGACAGGACAUGUUGACGAUGUCAGGUACAACGGUAAGGUUGACUGUAAAAGUCAAUGUGGAAACGCGCCCGCAACGGAACUUAGCACGGCCACAAAGCCAUGCCAAAAGAAGAUCCCCUCCUACUCAUUUCGCCGCUUUCCUCCUUUAGCUUCCUCACAACCAACUUUCAAACCCGGACCAAACUCCCAACGAGAACCAUCCAACAAAAAACAGCGCAUUGCCGCAACAACUACCACUGGCACCAGCUUACAUCUAUUACAGUACCACUCUAAUCAAUGUGCCCUUGCUUUACCCAACUACUACAGUGCCCGUGCGGUUCCCUCUCUUCCUCAAUUUCCUCAAAUUCCAUCAUCGCAGCUCCGCAAUCCGCAGGGGACGCAGCUGCAUACGUCG